CGGGGAAAUGAAAAUGUGGCGGGAACCGAGUCAUCAACAUUUCACCGGUUUCCACAACUCAGUCUCCUCCUUUUCUCAACGAGGGAGCAUUUCGAAGAACGCAUCCAUGGAGAAAUACUUGGUUCCUGCCCCUCCGCCUUCUCAAAAUCCCAAGCCCAUCUCCAAAAGGUUCCAAUGGAGGAGAAAUAUAAUAGAAUUGAAUGGAAAACUCGAUUCGAAGUAUCGUCGCGAAAUUUCCAGUUUAUCGAUGCAAUCUUACGCCCAAGUCGGAGCUUUUCCUCACGCGUACCACAUUGAUGGUGGCGAUUUGUGUCCGACUCAUGUGCAUUCGAUUGUUGGAGGAAGUAAUCCGCAACUAAUAACAAUGGAAGGUGUCUCAGCUCUAGAAUUUGACAGCAAGGGAAUAUAUCUAGCUUCCGUGACAAAAUCGGGUUGUUUGACAGUUCAUGAUUAUGAAGAGCUUCGUUGCAGGGUAAACCUGAAGGAUUCUGCACUCAAAGAAGAUGAAACAAAACAGGUGCUGCACAUUGCUACUGGUCAAUCCCUCGAUGUUGUUCGGUGGAAUCUUUCAAAUCAAUAUGAGGUUGCUUGCACGUCUAGAAGAAGUGGUGAAGUACAUAUUUAUGACAUUGGAUAUGUGUCUUCUGAGCCUGUUCAUAUAUUAAAGAAGAGACCUACUGUUGGUAUUCAUGGAUGUGUUGUGCAGAAAGGACUUCCUGAUGUUGCUUUUUCUUCAAAUGAUGAUUCAAGGGUACUUGCAUCUGAUAUGCAUGGAACCAUCAAUGUAUGGGAUCGAAGAAAGAGUGAUUUUCCAUGUCUUCACCUCACAACAAAUUCUACUUGCACCAUUAACAGUAUCAAGUUUAAUGUGGAUAAUCAGGUUAUUAUUGGUGCUAGCAAAAAUGGGAUGAUAUAUAUGUGGGAUAUACGUGGAGGAAGCUCAUUUAAUGCUUUCCAGAAUGAUAAAACGGCAUACUAUUCUCCUCUAGCAUCAGUGAAACUAUCCUCUGAACUGGAGAAAAUUGGGUCAUUAAAGGCUCAAUCAAAUAUUGCUUUGAAGGAAAUAUUGUCCAUUGACUUAAAUCCAUCUUGUUCACAUCAAUUAGCAUUCCAUCUUGACGAUGGUUGGUCUGGUGUUUUUAAUGUGCACAAUUCGCAAGUGACACAUAUUCAUUGCCCUCCUCCACCUUGGUUAGAUGGCUGCAAUGAUUUGACUUACCUGUCCUACAUGAGGAAGCCCUCCUGGUUGCCUGAACAUUCGAUAUAUGCAGUUGGAUCAUCAUCAAACUCUGGGCUACAUCUUUUAGAUUUCUAUCAAGAUCGGACAUCCCCAUGUCAUGUGGAUUACAAUGAGGACUUGCAAACUAUGGAUGGCAUAAGUGGGAAGCAUAAGCGGAACAUAUUUAUCCCACUUGCUGAGGCAGUUACGGCAUGUGCGGCUCAUCCAAUUCAUGGUGCCAUUGUAGCCGGGACAAAGGGGUCAUCUUUGUUGCUGCUUUCACAAGAAUUCAUUCCCUACCAGGAGACAGAUGACUCUUCUUGGAUAUAAUUUUAGGAAGCCAUCACGAAAUCAUCUGGAGAGCACACACCUACGGAUUCAAUAUGCGGCAUUACGCAUUUGAUCUGUGAAUUGGAGAAAAACCGAUAUCCACAUCAGGAAGAGCUUGUGUUUUCCCAACUUUGAGUUCAUGCCGAAUACCCCAGUCCGAUUGGGAGGAGGAUCGUUAAGUUAUUGGCAUAUGACCUUUUCAAGUUCAAAAUCGACACAAGAAGUAGAGCACUUGCCUCUUGUACAUCUUAGUCUGGAAAAGGAGAAAGGAAAGGAAACUGAAUUUGAUUCUUUCAUUACGUGAUAGUAUCAGGUAUUGCCAUUAGUCUUGUCUAUACUUGUAGAAUUUUGUUCCAUGUAAAGAUGAGCAAACAGCCAAAAGAUGUAAACGCACGACAGAGAAUCAAGGUAGGAAAGAGGCAGUGUUCAUCUUGAUUCGGGCAUAGUCUUGUGACUUCCUCCCCACACACCACACCUCCCCCCUCCUUUUUUUUUGUGUGUUUAUAAAGCGAUACAGUAGAUUGAAAUUUAUUUCUUCAUACCAUUGAGCCAAACAAAUGUCCAUUUUACAAGUGACCUGUGGGGCAAAUGUUGCUGCAUUAUAUGUGGUUGUGAGGAAUGGCCAUUGCGAUUUGCUUAUCUCUUCAUUCAAUUAAAUUGGAUGUGAUGCUCAUUAUUCGUUACGUUCAGACUUAGGCCAAUUUGAGUUAACAAGAGAUAGAUCCAUCAUUCAUGCGAGAAUGAUACCCAUAAAUUCAUGAAUUUUA